AUGAUGCAAGAUGGUGGAUUAUUAAGGUACAAUCAUAAUCGUUAUAGCGAUUCAACAGUGAUACGAUUGACAAAAGCAAUGAGAGCACAUGAUAAUAAAGUAUAUAUAGGAUUACGAUUUUUUGAUUUACCUAUUGGAAUGCAAGAUUAUAUUAUUAUGGAUGUAUCAAUGAUAAUUGAAAAUGGUAUGAGAAAAAAAUUGGAAAUGAUAACAGAAAAUUAUCGGCUUCAUGUACAUGUUACCAAAGAAAUGGAAAUUAAUAAUGGUUAG